AUGGUUCACCAAAGACGCUUGCAGCACUGGAUUCUCCUCGACAUUUGCUUCGCCGACCGUUACGUCCGCAGCUACGACUCCAUCUCGUCGUCAGGCGCCUCGCCAGAUGUCAAAGAGGCGGCUGUUCCCUGGCUGUCGCUACACGUCCUAGGACCUGACUUUUCCUUUUCGACACCAAGAUGCCCCCAACAGGAUAACGAUACUAGCUGCGGCGCUUUUGCUCUGCUGGGGAUGCAACACCUCCUUGCGGGCAACCUCACCCUGGCGGACCUCGAUGUCAAAAGUGGAAAGCACGCUCGCGAGAUCCUUGUCCGAACAGCUUUAGCAAAGCCGCCGAUCCACUCCAAAGUCCCUCAUUGGCUUGUACAAACCAAAGAAGCACACCAGCUCUUCGUCGAAAAUUUCAUAUGCCGCGCAAAGAUAGAGGUUAAUGCAGCAAAUAAAAAGGUCCGAGAGGCUGAGGAUGCUGUCGCUGAGCAGCGUCAGGUGGUCGUCACGGCGGAGCAAGGUGUUAUCGACGCGGAGACGCUACUUGGCAACGCCGAGUUGUCAAGCAGGAACUAUCAAGACUACAAGAAGCUUCGAGGCGCGCUUGCAGCAUGA